GUUUCUCGGUUUCAAGCAGCAUCAAGGAUCUCCGCAUGAGCGGCAAUAUGACUUCGAACGAAUCAACUGUAGCGGUCGAGUUCAUUGACUGCCGAAACUAUGUACCACCCUUCAGAUUGUACUACAAAGCAUACAUGCUACCCCUAAGCAUAUCACUGGCCGUUGCGUGCCUCAUCUGGCUAUGGGUCACGUUCGUGUUUGUUCAAGUGAUCCGACUCAUCAGAAAGCACACCGAAAAAAAUCAAGUAAUGGCGCUAAUAAUUGCCAAUACAGUCUACUUCGUUUUGGUCACGUUUAACGUAUUGGCGCUUCUGCUGCCGUCGGUGGCCGUUAUUUGCGAUAUCGUGCCUUUCGUCGUGUUCUGCUGGUGUAUCUUGGUGUUUUUCCGAUACCUAAAGCUAGAGGUUGGCGGAGAUACCGUCAUUAUGGGGCUAUACGAAACGAAAGACAUAAUCCCACCGACAGUGUGCCCUUGUUUUAGGUUCAUCUAUAAUAAAAAACGGCAGCUUACGGCGAUCCGCUUUGGCAUUAUGCAGCUUCCGGUCUGGUGCAGUGUGGUAUCCUCCAUUCAGCUCGUCAUUUUCACCUUCAACAAAGACUUAUUUUUCGACAUGUUCUACAUCAUUCUACCGUUCAUCAUCUUGUCGAUCGUGUUGUACGUCGGAGCCUCGGCUUCGUUCAUCAAAACGGUUAGCCCUCUCUACCCAAGCAAUCCGAUUUUUAAACGCUUCUUUCUGCUGCAGCUGGUUCUCAUCAUAACCAAACCGCAGGUCAUCAUUCUCGAAAUCAUUUACAAUUCGAUUCCCUUCGAGUGUUCGGAAGCCGGCGAGCCGAAGGUGUACAUGAACAUGGCGAAGCAACUGAUUAUCCUUGUUGAAAUCGCGAUCGUGACCGUUUAUUCGUACAAGUUUUACGCCACCGAGCAGCCGACACCGGAGGAAAAGGUUGGAACCAAAAAUCCUGCGUUCGAGAUGUAAACGGGUUUAUUGAGUCGUUGUUUUAAAUCUAAUGCUUAAGUCGCUCUAGUAUUUAUAUCCUUUUUCUGGUUGUUAAUUUAUAAUUUAUAUCCAUCGGGAGGAAAAAAAAUAAUAAUGCGAGUUUGUCGAAAUUGAUGUGGUAAGUAUUUAAUCACACCUUUAGCUGCUUUAUUCACUUUAUUAUUCAUAAAUCAUAAGAAAAAUGGUUGCAAUUGUCAGAGUUCCAUUAUGAGAAGGGUAUUUGCGGCUCAUUAUAAAAAGACGUCCUUUCGAACAGGUACUACCGUUAGUGUAUUGCAAUUUAUUAAUCUGUCUAAGGGCGAUAGAGAAGAGGGCUUCCGUAAUAGGUUAUUUGUAUUUCUACAAAGGCAACGAUGAACAAAGUGUGUUGAAAAGAAAAAAACGGUAAUCGAUCGAGCUUCGCGAAAUAAUCAGUAUUUGUAUCUCAUUUUAAAACGAUGUCUCUUGAG